AUGGCACCGCAUCCUUCAGUGUCUCCCUCAUUCCCAACGGCAUCACCGAAACCUCCCGCUCCUGAUCCCAAUAUCAACCCGUACUCAGCUCUUUCCCCGGAUUUAUCAGAGAAUACAUUGGGCAGCAGGAAUGGGGAUGACGAGAUCACUAGGUUGCUUGGAUUAAGAUCGUCUCAGAAAGAUCUAGUCAUAUAUUCUCGGCGACAGUUGCUGAACAUUGGCAAGAACUCUCGUCAGUUUGGACCUCCCCCUGGCAUGGGUAGCUUGGAUACUUGGUUUGGCCUUCGCCGACAACCCGAGAGUUCGCUUGAUGUCAACGGGCUGCCCAUUGAUAAUCGAUCGUAUGGAGGUCAGAUGGGCCGCUUCUCGGUGAAGAAUUCUGCAAAUGCUGCAAUGAAGCUCGGCGGAGAUGAAGUCAGAAAGGAGAGGCGCAACGAUGAAUGGAGGAGAAGUGACAACGUUCGUGCCCCAAGAGACAACAGCAGGAGAAAUUAUCAACGAGAAGAGGACACAUCAGAACCUGCUUGGAUGGAUGAUGCAGCGCCGGCUGAUCCAACAGUUCCUGAAGAUCCAUUGGUACAAUUUAUCCCUGGUGAAGAUAUGAUUGCGGCUCAUAAACGAGCGAUGAAAGCUAGGGACGUUCCUAGGGAUGUGAGUAUUGGCUGGAGAGGAGACGGCGGCCUUCCUGCUUUCUUUGGUAGUGAUCCUGCCAUUGCUUCGACUUCUGCACCUGCACCUCCCCCAGGAUUGAAACCGAAGCUGUUCAACGCGGCGGAUUAUCUGACCCAGGCGCAAGAAGUGGAGAAUACUGUCGCUCAACCUACACCACCUGCUUCGGCGUUCUCCAGUCGGUUCCAAAAGUUCUUCAACGCCACGCCUGAACAUCAGCAAAUCGAAGUAUCGCAACCUAAGGAAGAAGCUAAAGACGAUCGAAUGGCGAAGCUGAUGGGCUUACUCAGCACAAAGACGAGUCUACCUCCUGAUCCUGUGUACGCUGUAAGCGAACAGAUGAGACAAGCGCCAGAUCCUCCUUUUUACGGAUCUAGUCCACCACCAUCAUCCCACCCCAACGCGUUGCUGCAACAAUUGUACGCCACGAAUCCGCAGGAAAGACCCGACCCUCUUCAGCUCUUAAGCCAAGCUCAACGUCAAGGAUUCGAAAGACCCCCUCAUAUGUCGAUGCCUCCGCAGUUUGCUCGCCCACCGAUGUAUCCUCAAGACGAGCCUGAAAUGGGCUAUCCUUUUGCGCGUCCUUUUGGACCACCUCCACCUGGGUUCAUGCCCCCGCCACCACCUUUCUUUCAAGGACCUCCAAGACCGCCUGCGGGCUAUCCUCCUAAUUUCACUCCCCAACAGCAACCACGACAAUACCCGCUCGCACCUGCUCAGCAAGAUAUGCUUGCAACACUCUUUGCCGGUCUGGGACCGAGAAAUUAG